CCCUUUCUGACCUGGCUCGUCCUCAGACACUCGGGCUCAGAGCUGGUGAAUGCUGCAGGAUAAUGGCUUACAACUCCACUGGGGACCUCCACGCUCCAGGGCCGCAGCUGAGUGUGACUGACAUUGUGGUCAUCGCCAUCUAUUUUGCCCUGAACGUGGCCGUGGGUAUAUGGUCUUCUUGUCGAGCCAGCAGGAAUACAGUGAGUGGAUACUUCCUGGCAGGCCGGGACAUGACGUGGUGGCCGAUUGGAGCCUCCCUCUUUGCAAGCAGCGAGGGAUCUGGCCUCUUUGUUGGAUUGGCUGGCUCAGGUGCAGCUGGAGGCCUGGCUGUGGCAGGCUUCGAAUGGAAUGCCACGUAUGUUCUCCUGGCACUGGCGUGGGUGUUUGUGCCCAUUUACAUCUCCUCAGAGAUUGUCACCUUGCCUGAAUACAUUCAGAAGCGCUUUGGAGGCCAGCGCAUCCGCAUGUAUCUAUCCGUCCUCUCCCUGCUGCUGUCUGUCUUUACCAAGAUAUCGAUUGACCUGUACGCUGGGGCACUCUUUGUGCACAUCUGCCUGGGAUGGAAUUUCUACCUCUCUACCACCCUCACGCUCUUCAUCACAGCCUUGUACACAAUCGCAGGGGGUCUGGCCACUGUGAUCUACACGGAUGCCCUGCAGACAGUCAUCAUGGUGGUGGGGGCUGUCAUCCUGGCCAUCAAAGCUUUUGACCAGAUUGGUGGUUACGGACAGCUGGAAGCAGUGUAUGCCCGGGCCAUACCCUCCAGGACCAUUGCCAACACAACCUGCCACCUGCCACGGGCAGACGCCAUGCACAUGUUUCGGGACCCCCAUACUGGAGACCUCCCAUGGACCGGAAUGACCUUCGGCCUAACCAUCAUGGCCACCUGGUACUGGUGCACUGACCAGGUCAUCGUGCAGCGGUCACUGUCUGCCCGGAACCUCAACCAUGCCAAGGCAGGCUCCAUCCUUGCCAGCUACCUCAAGAUGCUGCCCAUGGGUCUGAUGAUCAUGCCAGGCAUGAUCAGCCGUGCACUAUUUCCAGAUGAUGUGGGCUGCGUGGUGCCGUCCGAGUGCCUGCGAGCCUGUGGGGCUGAGAUCGGCUGCUCCAACAUUGCCUACCCCAAGCUGGUCAUGGAGCUGAUGCCCAACGGUCUCCGAGGGCUAAUGAUCGCAGUGAUGAUGGCCGCUCUCAUGUCAUCGCUGACCUCCAUCUUUAAUAGCAGCAGCACGCUCUUUACCAUGGACAUCUGGAGGCGGCUGCGGUCCCGUGCUGGCGAGCGGGAGCUUCUGCUAGUGGGAAGGCUGGUCAUCGUGGUGCUCAUUGGUGUAAGUGUGGCAUGGAUCCCCAUCCUGCAGGGAUCCAACGGUGGACAGCUUUUCAUCUACAUGCAGUCUGUGACCAGCUCCCUGGCCCCCCCAGUGACUGCAGUCUUCAUCCUGGGCAUCUUCUGGAGGCGUGCCAAUGAACAGGGGGCCUUCUGGGGCCUGAUGGCAGGGCUGGUGGUAGGUGCCACCAGGCUAGUCCUGGAAUUCCUGCACCCAGCUCCUCCGUGUGGUGAUCCGGACACCCGGCCAGCCAUCCUCCACAGCAUCCACUACCUGCACUUUGCCAUUGCCCUCUUUUUGCUCACGGGUGCUGUCGUGGCAGCCGGAAGCCUGCUAACUGCAGCCCCCCAGCACAUUCAGAUUGCAAACCUUACCUGGUGGACACUGGCUCAGGACCUGUCCCUGGGAGCCAAAGCAGGUGACAGCCAGACGCCCCAGCGACGCCUUUUCUGGGCUCGUGUGUGUGGCUUCAAUGCUGUCCUCCUCAUGUGCGUCAACAUCUUCUUCUACGCCUACUUUGCCUGAUGCUGCCACUCUGGGCAGGAAAGAGGGAGCCCAGAGUCCUUAAGCCACCCUCUUUCUCUAGAGUGGACACUGGGGCCCAGAGAAGGCCUGACUCCUCUCACAGCUACAGAGCUGGUUGGUGCCCAUUUACUGGCUGAGCCAGAAAAGAAACCCUGAAAAAUUAGGAGGGGAAAUGGGAAAAA